GGGGCCAGCGCUCCCGGCGCUCCCGCCACCAGCUGUCGCCGACAUGGAGCCCGUGGCCAGCAGCAUCCAGGUUUUGUUGCAGGCGGCCGAGUUCCUGGAACGCCGCGAGAGAGAGGCGGAGCACGGCUAUGCGUCCCUGUGUCCGCACCGCAGCCCCGGCCCCGUCCACGGGAGGAGGAGGCGGCCGCUGCAAGCUCCCGGCGCGCUGGAUGGCGGGCGGUCUGUGCACAAUGAGCUGGAGAAACGCAGGAGGGCCCAGCUGAAGCGGUGUCUAGAGCAGCUAAAGCAGCAGAUGCCUCUGGGGGCUGACUGUGCACGGUUCACCACACUGAGCCUGCUGCGCCGUGCCAGAACGCAUAUCCAGAAGCUGGAGGAGCAGGAGCAGCGGGCGCGGCGGCUCAAGGAGCAGCUGCGUAGCCAGCAGCAGAGCCUGCGGCGGCGGCUAGAGCAGCUCCGGGGCCCGGCCGGGGCCGGCGAGUGGGAGCGGCUGCGGGCGGACAGCCUGGACUCCUCAGGCCUCUCCUCUGAGCGCUCAGACUCCGACCAAGAGGAGCUGGAGGUGGACGUGGAGAGCCUGGUGUUUGGGGGUGAGGCUGAGCUGCUGCGGGGCUUCAGCGCGGGUCAGGAGCACAGCUACUCGCACAGGGCCGGCACCUGGCUAUGACACCGCCUGCGGGUGGACGAAGGACUCUUGCAGGGGACGGCUGCUCCCCGGACCCCACUGUGCGCAUGGCCCGCACUGCUCCCAGGUACUUUGUGGAGCAUGCGCUCCGCUGGAGUCAAGGAGCCUCAAGUUUCUCCAUGGAUGA